CUAUAUCGUACUCAGCUUGUGAAAUCAUGGAGGUACGUGGUGAAUAGAGGCGCAAAAAGUAAAAGAUUGGGCUUUGGAAAUCCAUUGGUGCCUGAUCCGGAGUUAGGAGUGAAGGAAACCCUCAGAUUCUGCAUUGAGCACGUGAGACAAAAACUCCACAUUUUCACAUGGUCCCCGUGUUAAGAAACCUCUCCACAUACCAUUUCUUCCCCACCGCGCCAGAGCUCAUCACCGACAGUGGUGGAGCUUCCAACAUCAAAACCAGAUACUUCAGUAAACUCCAAAAUUCAAGACGUACUCGAAUCCAAUCUCAAAUUCAACUAAAAUCUCUUAAAUUUCCUAGAUCGUGUAGAAACAACUAUGAACCUUAACUACGAGAUCGAAAAUUAAAUGGUUGAUUGGAGGAAUCCAAGUCCUUGAUGUCAGGGCUUCGAUUCUUCAUCCCCUACUCUACAUAAUGGUAACAAAGAUGGAGCCAAAAAGUGAAGAAAUGUUACUUACCUAUCGGAGAAGAAAGUGGAUAUCAGAGCAACCGCCAGUGUUUGAACAAGUUUUCGAUGACCUGCAAAUGCAGGUUUUGCUGCAAGUUGCAGGUUAUCAAUUGUUGGACGGUCGUGUUGCUCGGCCAAGGCAGGUAGCAGACUUUGUUGGAGUUUGCCUGGAAGCUGCAGGAUGGUUAGUGCAGGGUUUUGCUGCAGCCUUGUUAAUGCAGAUUACAAGUGCAAGUCAAGGCUGGCAAAGCAUGGUCAUUGGUAGCAAGGUAGACAAAAUUAACAAGUCAAUCUUGGGUAAUCAAUCACAAAAUCAAGAAGGAAAUGAAGGCUUUAGGGAUACCAAUAUAUUAUGCAGUAUUUGAAGGCCCUGGAUGGAUACUUGAAAUUGAAGGAAGGUUCAAUUAGGGUUAGGACUUAGAGUAUUAGGAAGUUGACUUUGGUCAAAGUUUAUAAAAAAAGUCAACUAUUGACCAAAGUCGGCCUUUGGUCAAUGUUGUGUUUUUUUUUUGUAAUUUUUUUGUAUGGGUGUUGUAAAUGAUAUUGUAUGGAUGUAACGGGCCUUUGUGAAUGCAACUAGUUCUUUGGGUUUAAUGAAAUAAAUUUCUCAUUUUUAGGUUGUGA